CCCCGGCGCCACGCGCAGUGCUGUGCACUUUUGGUUGAGAAGCUUGCAGCUUCAACCUCGUUUGCAACGACCCACUUCCCCACUCAGUUGAGGGAUUACUUCUGUGUCUGUGACCAGGACAACAACAAACAAACACCACCCCCACACGCACGUGCUACGCACCGAAACAACAAGGCUGCGCAGCCCCACUGCCAGGACCAGCAACCCGUCUUGCUCAUCUUCAUCUGGUGUAACAACAGCAACGCCCGCCGUUUUCACAGCAACAGCACACCCCACCGCUCCCAGCAACCAACCGCCGUCAGGUGUCAGUGCAAACACUCGAACAACCUUCCCUCGAUCCCUCUCAUUUGCAUUCUUCCGCUUGGCUUUGUGUUUGGCAUUUCGCGUGAGAGGCAAUGUCAACGUCCAUAGCCGAACGGCCUGUCAUGACCCACCCUUUUGGCACGAACGAACCCAGCGAUUUUGCAGAGUUGCCAUCCUUCCACCAACCCACGCCGGCCCAGGUGGUCACAGACAUUGACCAGUCACCGCACACCGAAGACAGCAGUUCAUACACAUCCCAAUACCAGCAGCCCCAGUACCAAGCGCAGUCCCAACCCGCUGCACCGGCAUCGUCCACCGUUCACGUCCCCACCACGUUUGAGCACGCCCAGGCCUACGCAGCCCACACCGACGACGCCACCAUGUCAGGCCUCAUGCUUACGCCUUCGCCCGUGCCAGACCCCAUGCUGCAGCAGUUGGCACGACAGUCGCCCCCGCUGACAGCGUUUGCAGCGCCGCAGCCCAUCCACCGGCCACACCCGCUUCAUCAGCAGUUCACGGCCCAGCCGCAACAGCAAGAGCAGGUCCAACAUCACCUCGCAGAUGCCAUGACCCAGGACACGGCAAAACCAUCGCCCGUGCUCCCGCCAGCAUGUGACAUGUCGCAGCCCCAACAGAGCAUGCAGCCACACCAGCACCAGCACCAGCACCAGCACCAGCACCAGCAGCCCCAAAUGCAGCCCCAGGGCGUUCCACUGCAUGCCCUUGCCUUGGAUCAGGCCCAGUCAUCGCCGCGGCUGCUGCAGCAACUGGUGCAUCAUCUGCAGCGGCACCAGUUCACCCAUGUCAGCGCCCUCCUCGCCCAGCAGCAGCAGCAGGUGUUUGCUCAGUUCCAGAUGCUUCAACAGCAACAGCAACAACAGCAGCAACAGCAGCAGCGCAUGCCAGACAUGGCGCCUGGCAUGCCAGAUCCGCGCCUCUUGUUUGGCGGUGUGGCUGCGAACCAGGGCGGGAUGCCUCCUGCGCAGACACAAGCGCCCUCCGCCAUGCCCGGCCCCCACUCCCCGAGCAUCGGCCCAACCGGCCUUGCUCCAGCAGCCACUGCAGAUGUUGCCACCACCGCCAUGGGUGGCAACAGCGGCAGCAGCAGCAGUGCUCGUCAUGCUGGUGGUGGGAAAGCACAGCGUGCGGGCCGCAGGCGCCGGCAAGCGCGACAACAGCGGAGGCGCGAGCACCACACCACUCGGUCCCACGAAGUGUCACCAUCAGCAUCGCCGUCCGUAGUGGCUGCCACUGGUGGCGCCAGCAGCGCUGGUGGCAGGUCCCCUGCGCAGGCUCCGUCCUUUCCCGUCCUCGCAAAGUUUGCCAGCACAAUCAACAACUUCACCCGCGAUCUACACAAGCACCUGGGCAAGCUGGUGUCCAAACACGAGGUGUACCAACAGGUGAAGGUCACAGAGGGCUCAAACGCCAAGUUCUCCGUCACCUACUGGAAGAAGAUUAUGCGGCAGAUUGUGAAGGGCAUGCUUCAACACGGCGUGUCUGUCGCCGCCAUCAACGCGGAGAUUGAGUCCACGCAGGCAAACGGUCUCGUGUACAUCAAGUCCGAAAUUCCGGGCGAGUGGAAGCUCAUCACCAUGUGGGACAACUGAAGUGAAGGCGCGAACAUGGACACCGUUCACCCUGCCCACGUCUCUCGUACCCUCUGCGUUGUGCUUUGGUCAAGGCAAGCCCUCCUUUCCAACCCUCGUUACCACCACUUCUCCAUGGAAUGUGUUUCACGCCCACUGCGUGCAUUAUCACCCCCUCGUUCCAUCCUCUUGUCAACCAUCCCACGGUUGUAGUGGCGCACCCAUCAGUUCCCAUGGCACGCGUGCGCAUCAUCGCGCUGUCUGUGACAGCCCCGUGUGCACUCGCUGGUGUCCUGGUGCGUGUUGGUGUGGAUGGAUUGGCACUGUACAUAUGUCGUGCACGGCGCGCAACGUGCACAACCCGUCCACUUCCCCAUACAUGCACGUGAGGUCUUGUUUUGGUAUCGGCUGGUCUCUGUCCUGUUAUUGUGUUGUUGCAUUGCUUUCACAUCACAUAACCUCGCCUCACGUGCCACCCAUCCCUCCCCUCUCAAGCGCCUGUGCGUGUGCGCUCUGUUUGAUUUGGUUAGUCCAUUGUUGUUGCUGACCGCAAAUUGAUGCACACUCGGUGUCUCAUUGUUGCUGCACACAUUGCCAUUGACGCGUGUGCGCAGGCAUCCGUUACCCCCUUUCCCAACUAGCGUUCGAUGUUUGACAAGCGAUAAUUGUCUCCCUUCCUUACCCUUCCCUUAUAUCUCUGCCUGUGCUGUGCACAACAUGUAAGAUGCCCUCUUCUCUUCUUCUUCCUCCUCUUUUUGCUUCUGGGCGUGUGUUGUUUGGAGCGCCCUCUCCGUAUCUCUGUUGUCACCGCGUGACCUUCCAAUAACACACACGCAAACAAGA